UCUCACAUGCCAAGCCGCCUUGUCAUCCCCAAGCUCUCCUUCUUUUCUCCGCUUCUUCGCCGUUCCGACCCCUUCUUCUCCAGCCCAUCAUCAUCAUCUUCAUCAUCAUCCAUGGCGCCCCCGCCGAUCCUCGCCCUCGCUCUCCCUUCCGAGACCGGCCGAGUCCUCAGCAUCCAGUCCCACACCGUCCAGGGAUACGUUGGCAACAAGUCCGCGGUGUUUCCUUUGCAGCUUCUUGGCUAUGAUGUGGAUCCGAUCAAUUCAGUGCAGUUCUCUAAUCAUACAGGAUAUCCAAGUUUUAAGGGGCAGGUUCUGGAUGGGAAGCAAUUGUGGGAUCUGAUUGAAGGCCUUGCUGGGAAUGAUUUAUUAUACUACACUCACUUGCUAACUGGUUAUAUUGGGUCAGUUUCAUUUUUAAAUACUGUUUUACAAGUUGUAGAAAGACUGCGUUCUAUCAAUCCUGGGCUCAUAUACGUUUGUGACCCAGUCAUGGGUGAUGAAGGAAAGCUAUAUGUUCCUCCAGAGCUAGUAUCAGUAUACCGUGAGAAGGUUGUUCCAGUGGCUUCAAUGCUUACUCCAAACCAAUUUGAGGCUGAACAGUUGACAGGAUUGAAAAUCACUUCUGAAAGAGAUGGCUUGGAAGCAUGCAAUAUUCUUCAUGCAGCUGGACCAAAGAAGGUGGUAAUAACCAGUUUGCAUUUGAAUGGAACUCUUCUUCUUAUUGGCAGCCAUCAGAAAGAAAAGGAUCAUCCACCUGAACAAUUUAAGAUAGCAAUACCCAAGAUUCCCACAUAUUUCACGGGAACCGGGGAUUUAACGACUGCACUUUUACUAGGAUGGAGCAAUAAAUACCCUGAUAACCUUGAGAUAGCAUCAGAGCUUGCAGUAUCAAGUUUGCAGGCUUUACUACAAAGAACUGUGUCUGACUAUUUAAAAGCCGGGUUUGAUCCGCAAACAAGUAGUUUAGAGAUUCGAUUAAUCCAGAGCCAAGAUGACAUCAAGAAUCCACAAAUCAAAUACAAAGCCGAAAAAUUCCUUUGAAGAAUCAGUUGAAACUUGAUUGCAGAAAUUACCUGUCUAGUAAGCACAGAAGUGUUAAUCUCAUCAUCUUGUUCUUCAUAAUCAUUUAUUUCAGUUUAUCCUUUUUGGAGAAGAAAAACUAAAAGCUCAUGUGAUGAUUCAAGUUUGUGUAAAAUUGUAUUUAUUUUGAGACUAUAGUAAUAAAAGUAUUGCAUUAAUAUUC